CCAUCUAGAUAUUCGUAUAUCAUGAUCGUGAUUGUUAACCAGCUCUGAAACUCCUCUGAAACUACUCCGAAGUAUUGUCAAUCCUUUGCUCAGUUCAGGAAAGGCUCCGUUUAUGUAUUUUUAUAUACGCUAUAGUUUACUCUGAGAAGAACCGUGCUUUGUUUGUCCUUUAUCGUAUACAUAUUUUGUUCGACAAUGAAAGAUUGUGGAAGAUGUACAUUUUGCAUGAAAAAAAUUUGAUAUGUUUUGAUAAGAGAUUUAAAGGACUCCCUGACGAGAAUUUUGACAUUCUUUGGAAAGAAUAUUUUGCAAGAUUUUUAAACAUCUGAAAUGGAGGACAAGGGACAAACAGAUAAUACAACCUCUGUGGAUUGUUUAGACAAUACAACUGUAUCUGUGACAGCUAAUUUAGAAAUGCUUACUAUAGACUCUUCGUCAACAGAACCAACCAAAAAGAUUCUUAGAAGAAGAUUACCCAAAUCUGUUUCUACAGAUUGUGUUCUUAACAGAAGAUGUAGCCGCAAACCAAAAAGGAGGAAUUCAGAGAUAGGUACAGAGGAAGAAAACAUAAAGGAGUAUUAUUUAGAUAAAAAGAUAACUAAGAGAAUUAAUCUUGAAACAAUAUAUGAAGAGAGUGACAAUGCGAGCGAUGAUAGUGUAGUACAUAUGAGUGCAAAGAAGUUUAAAAGAAUGUUACUGUUUUCUACAACAGCUUCCAAAUUAAAGAAGAGACGUGCAAAAAUACAAAGAGUUUUUGGGUCUAAGAUUAGGUUUAAGAGAUAUAAGAAGUUUGAUUCAAUGCAGACUCUUGAAGAUAAGUUAAAUGCUCUCAAAGAAAGUUCACCAACAAAAAUUGAUAGAGAAGUCAAAUGAUAGCAAGUUCCUCUUGUGUUUGAAUGCUAAUAAUUGAAUCUCUUCAGGUCCAGAAGAUAGUAUGUUUUAUUUUAGGAUUUUAUAAGUUCUGUAUUUGCAUAAAUCUAUAAAAAUAUUGCAUAAAUGGAAA